CAGUCAGCAGUCAUUGGAAGAGGGAGGGCAGAAGGAAGAGGGUAGAGGAAAAAAAAAAAGAUAGAACGAGUGACUUGAAGUGGAGAAAGAGAGGGAGGAAGCAAGCAAGCAUUAUAGUUUAGCCUGAACUCUGAGGAGCUGCUGUCGAAGAGAAGAAGACGUUUGACCCACGGAGACGCAGACUGAACCGCCCGGUUGUCGUUAGCCAUCCUCUCAAAGGCGUCCUGUACCCGAAAAAGCAGCUACCAUGUCAUCAGAAGCAGACAGGUUCCUGUACGCGGACCGUAACCUGGUCAACAACCCACUGGCACAGGCUGACUGGGCCUCCAAGAAGCUGGUAUGGAUCCCCUCUGAGCGCCUGGGCUUUGAGCCCGGCUCUGUAAAGGAAGAGCGUGGUGAUGAGUGCGUGGUCGAGCUGGUAGACUCUGGUAAGAAGGUCCGGGUGAACAAGGAUGACAUCCAGAAGAUGAACCCACCCAAGUUCAGCAAGGUUGAGGACAUGGCCGAGCUGACCUGUCUGAACGAAGCCUCUGUGCUGCACAACCUGAAGGAGAGAUACUACUCUGGACUCAUAUAUACAUACUCUGGACUCUUCUGUGUUGUCAUAAACCCAUACAAGAACCUGCCCAUCUAUUCAGAUGAAAUUGUCGAAAUGUACAAGGGCAAGAAGAGACAUGAAAUGCCACCUCACAUCUAUGCCAUCUCUGACACAUCUUACAGAAGCAUGAUGCAGGAUCGUGAAGACCAGUCCAUUCUUUGCACAGGAGAGUCUGGAGCUGGUAAGACAGAGAACACCAAGAAGGUCAUCCAGUAUCUUGCUCAUGUGGCCUCCUCUCAUAAGACCAGGAAAGACCAGAACAGCUCGGUCCUGUCACAUGGGGAGCUGGAGAAGCAGCUGCUACAAGCUAACCCAAUCCUAGAAGCCUUUGGAAAUGCCAAGACUGUCAAAAAUGACAACUCCUCUCGAUUUGGAAAAUUCAUCAGGAUCAACUUUGAUGUCAAUGGCUACAUCGUUGGUGCCAACAUUGAAACUUACUUGCUGGAGAAAUCCCGUGCCAUCCGCCAGGCCAAAGAGGAGAGGACCUUUCACGUCUUCUACUACCUUCUCACAGGGGCUGGAGACAAAUUGCGCAAUGAACUUCUUUUGGAAAACUAUAACAACUACCGCUUCCUUUCCAAUGGGAAUGUUACUAUUCCUGGGCAACAGGACAAAGAUCUUUUUGCAGAGACCAUGGAGGCCAUGAGGAUCAUGAGCAUCCCAGAGGAGGAGCAGAUAGGUUUGUUAAAAGUGGUGUCCGGUGUGCUGCAGCUCGGCAACAUAACUUUCAAAAAGGAGCGGCACACAGACCAGGCCUCCAUGCCUGACAACACAGCUGCCCAGAAGAUGUGUCACCUGUUCGGCAUAAGUGUGACGGAGUUCACUAGGGCGAUCCUGUCACCUAGGAUCAAGGUGGGCCGAGAUUAUGUCCAGAAGGCUCAGACCCAGGAGCAGGCAGAGUUUGCAGUGGAGGCCCUGGCCAAAGCCACAUAUGAGAGGAUGUUCCGCUGGCUGGUUAUGAGGAUCAACAAAGCUCUAGACAAGACCAAGAGACAGGGCGCCUCCUUCAUUGGAAUCCUAGAUAUAGCUGGAUUUGAGAUCUUUGAACUGAACUCCUUUGAGCAGCUUUGCAUCAACUACACCAAUGAGAAGCUGCAGCAGCUCUUCAACCACACCAUGUUCAUCCUGGAGCAGGAGGAGUACCAGAGGGAGGGCAUCGAGUGGAGCUUCAUCGACUUCGGCCUCGACCUGCAGCCCUGCAUCGACCUCAUUGAGAAACCUGCCAGCCCCCCUGGUAUCCUGGCUCUGCUGGAUGAGGAGUGCUGGUUUCCAAAGGCCACAGACAAGAGUUUUGUGGAGAAGGUGCACCAGGAGCAGGGCUCUCACCCCAAGUUCCUUAGACCCAAGAAACUGAAGGAUGAAGCAGACUUCUGUAUCAUCCAUUAUGCUGGCAAGGUGGACUACAAAGCAGAUGAGUGGCUGAUGAAGAACAUGGACCCCUUGAAUGACAAUGUGGCCACACUUCUCAACAUUUCUACUGACAAGUUUGUCUCUGAGCUCUGGAAGGAUGUCGACCGCAUUGUGGGUCUGGAUAAGGUGUCUGGCAUGUCAGAGAUGCCCGGUGCUUUUAAGACCCGCAAGGGCAUGUUCCGCACCGUGGGCCAGCUGUACAAAGAGCAGCUGUCCAAACUCAUGGCCACCUUGAGGAACACAAACCCCAACUUUGUUCGGUGUAUCAUCCCCAACCACGAGAAAAAGGCAGGUAAACUGGACCCUCACCUGGUUCUGGACCAGCUGAGGUGUAACGGUGUACUGGAGGGAAUCCGUAUCUGCAGACAGGGCUUCCCUAACCGCAUCGUCUUCCAGGAGUUCAGACAGAGAUAUGAAAUCCUCACUCCCAAUGCCAUUCCCAAGGGCUUCAUGGAUGGAAAACAGGCCUGUGAGAGAAUGAUUGAGAGUCUAGAGCUGGAUCCCAACCUGUACCGAAUUGGCCAGAGUAAAGUUUUCUUCAGAGCUGGAGUCCUUGCCCACCUGGAGGAGGAGAGGGACAUGAAGAUCACAGACAUUAUCAUCAGUUUCCAGGCCUGGUGCAGAGGCUACGUGGCCCGCAAGGCUUUUGCAAAGAGACAGCAACAGCUGACUGCAAUGAAGGUUAUCCAGAGGAACUGUGCUGCUUAUCUGAAACUCAGGAACUGGCAGUGGUGGAGGCUCUUCACCAAGGUGAAGCCCCUGCUGCAAGUCAGCAGACAGGAGGAGGAGAUGCAGGCUAAGGAUGAGGAACUGACUAAGGUGAAGGAGAAGCAUCUGUAUGCUGAACAGCAGCUCCAGGAAAUGGAGGAAAAACAGCAACAGCUGAACGCUGAGAAGAUGGCCCUGCAGGAGCAGCUUCAGGCCGAGACAGAACUUUGUGCUGAGGCGGAGGAGAUGAGAGCUCGUCUAGCUGCAAAGAAGCAGGAGCUGGAGGAGAUCCUCCAUGACCUGGAGGCCCGUGUCGAGGAGGAGGAAGAGCGUGCUUCUCAGCUGACCACUGAAAAAAAGAAGAUGCAGCAAAAUAUUGCUGACUUGGAGCAGCAGCUGGAUGAAGAGGAAGCAGCCAGACAGAAGCUCCAGCUGGAGAAGGUCACCUUAGAUGCCAAGAUGAAGAAGAUAGAAGAAGAUGUUAUGGUUUUAGAUGACCAGAACAACAAACUAAACAAGGAAAAGAAAUUGCUAGAGGAGAGGAUUUCUGAGUUCACCACUGUCCUGGCAGAAGAGGAGGAGAAAUCCAAGAGUCUGCAGAAACUCAAGACCAAACAUGAGGCCAUGAUCACAGACCUGGAAGACCGCCUCCGCAGGGAAGAGAAGCAUCGUCAGGAACUAGAAAAGAACCGACGCAAAUUGGAGGGUGAUUUCACGGAGGUACAUGACCAGAUCGCUGAGCUGCAGGCUCAGAUUGCUGAGCUCCGUGCACAGCUGGCAAAGAAGGAGGAGGAGCUCCAAGCAGCUCUGGCCAGGAUUGAAGAAGAGGCAGCUCAGAAGAACCUGGCCCAGAAAAAGAUCCGUGAGAUGGAGGCUCAACUCUCUGAGCUACAAGAGGACUUAGAACUGGAGAAGCAGGCUCGUGCCAAGGCAGAAAAACACCGCAGGGACCUCGGUGAGGAGCUGGAGGCUUUAAAGACUGAGCUGGAGGACACUCUGGAUUCCACUGCUGCUCAGCAAGAACUCAGGACCAAACGUGAGACAGAGGUGGCACAGCUCAAAAAGACUCUGGAAGAGGAAGCCAAAAUCCAUGAACAGCAGCUGGUUGACAUGAGACAGAAACACAGUCAGGCUUUUGACGAACUGAAUGAGCAGCUUGAGCAGGCCAAGAGGAACAAAGUGUCAAUGGAGAAAGCCAAGCAGGCUCUGGAGUCUGAGAGGAAUGAACUCACCAUAGAGCUGCAGACACUGAUGCAGGGUAAAGGAGAUUCAGAGCAUCGCAGAAAGAAGGCUGAAAGCCAGGUCCAGGAGCUGCAGGUCAAACAUCAAGAGAGCGAGCGCCAGAGGCUAGAACUGGCUGACAAACUGACAAAGUUGCAGUCUGAGCUGGAUAACGUAAAUAGUGUGCUCACUGAAGUGGAGGGCAAAUCCAUCAAGGCAUCCAAAGACUGCUCGGCUGUGGAGUCUCAGCUGCAGGAUGUUCAGGAACUGCUCCAGGAGGAAACCCGCCAGAAGUUGUCGCUUAACACACGUCUGCGGCAGCUGGAGGAUGAACAAAACAACCUGAGAGAGCAGCUGGAGGAGGAAGAAGAAGCCAAGAGGAAUGUGGAGAAGCAGCUCUUCGCAGCGCAGGGUCAGCUCGCUGAAUUGAAGAAGAAGCUAGAACAGGAUGCUGGGUGUCUGGAGUCAGCUGAGGAGGGAAAGAAGAGGUUCCAGAGGGACCUUGAGGCAACAAAUCAGCGUCUGGAGGAGAAAUGUGCCGCCUAUGAGAAGUUGGACAAAACCAAAACACGCAUCCAGCAAGAGCUGGAUGACCUGUUGGUAGACCAGGACCACCUCAGACAGAUAGUCUCCAACCUGGAGAAGAAGCAGAAAAAGUUCGACCAGAUGCUGGCGGAGGAGAAAAACAUCUCUGCACGUUACGCAGAAGAGCGUGACCGGGCUGAAGCUGAGGCUCGUGAAAAGGAGACCCGGGCUCUGGCUUUAACCCGUGAGCUGGAAUCUCUGAUGGACAUCAAGGAUGAACUGGACCGCAACAACAAACUGCUGCGUGCUGAAAUGGAGGACCUGGUUUCUUCUAAGGAUGACGUCGGAAAGAAUGUGCAUGAGCUGGAGAAGGGCAAGCGCGCCAUGGAGCAGCAGCUGGAGGAGAUGAAGACACAGCUGGAGGAGCUGGAGGAUGAGCUGCAAGCCACAGAAGAUGCCAAGCUGCGUUUGGAAGUCAACAUGCAGGCCAUGAAAGCCCAGUACGAGAGAGACCUGGCCGGACGUGACGAGAUGGGUGAGGAGAAGAAGAGGGCACUUGUCAAACAGGUCCGGGAGAUGGAAAUGGAACUCGAGGAUGAGAGGAAACAGCGGUCUGCAGCAGUGGCUUCACGCAAGAAGAUGGAGCUGGACUUGAAGGAGCUAGAGGCGGGCAUCGACACGGCCAACAAGAACCGUGAUGAGGCCCUGAAACAACUGAAGAAACUGCAGGCCCAAAUGAAGGAUCUCAUCAGGGAACUGGAGGACACCCGCAUGUCCAGAGAGGAGAUCCUUGCUCAGAGCAAAGAGUCUGAGAAGAAGUUGAAGAGCAUGGAGGCUGACAUGAUCCAGAUGCAGGAGGAGCUGGCAGGUGCAGAGAGAGUGAAGAGACAGGCUCAGCAGGAGAGAGAUGAGCUACAGGAGGAGAUUAAUAGCCAGGCAACAAAGAAUGCUCAGGCUGCAGAGGAGAGGAGACGGCUGGAGGCUCGUAUUGCACAGCUGGAGGAAGAACUGGAAGAGGAGCAGUGCAACACCGAGCUGGUCAAUGACAGGUUCAAAAAAGCAAUGCUGCAGACUGACCAGAUGAACGUGGAGCUGACAGCUGAGCGCAGUGCCUCUCAGCGUGUUGAAGGGGUUCGUGCCCAGCUGGAGCGCCAGAACAAGGAGCUGAAACUGAAGCUGCAGGAGCUGGAAGGAACAGUCAAAUCCAAGUACAAGGCCAACAUGGCUGCUCUAGAAGCCAAGAUCGCUCAGCUGGAGGAACAGCUGGACAUGGAGACCAGGGAGAGACAGAAUGCCAACAAAUUAGUGAGACGUACGGAGAAGAAGCUGAAAGAGGUCAUCCUGCAGGUGGAUGAUGAGAGGCGCAACGCAGAGCAGCACAAAGACCAGGCUGACAAGAUGAACUCUCGCAUGAAGCAGCUGAAGCGUCAGCUGGAGGAAGCUGAGGAAGAGGCUCAGAGAGCCAACGCUACCCGAAGGAAACUGCAGAGGGAGCUGGAGGAUGCCACAGAAUCUGCAGAUGCCAUGAACCGUGAGGUCACCAGCCUCAAGAAUAAGCUCAGGCGUGGCGACCUCCCUGCUUUCACAUCACGCCGCCUUGUGCAACGUGCUGGCCUCGAAAGCGAUGAGGAGAGUGAGCCCAAGAGCGAGACCCCGGAGCCCAAGCCUGAGUGAAAAGCCACCGUGCCACCUGACUUGUUUAAACAAUUGAACUGCAUCAUAACCAGACAGACCCAAAUACGCUCACGAGCACACAUUACCGCACCACCUGAACAAAGAGGAACACAAAUAGAAUGUUUUUCAGAGUAGCAAUGGGAAUCUGACUGAUUUCUCCUGAGUCUAUUCCUGUGACCAUCUGUUUUCUUUAUUAAGACAAUCUAUGCAUUCAAAAUGCACAGAAGCCAGUAAACUCGGACAAUCACCAUGCUGACAAUACACUCAUUAUUUUUGGCCAAACUCCUGUUUUUUUGCUUGGUUUUUCAAUCUCUGGGAAAAAAAAGUGAAGAAAUGUUAUUUUUGUAAGGAACAUUCCAAUUAUAAUAGUCCUGAUUUAGGAUCUAUUUUUCUAAUUGAAGAAAGAGAAAACAAAGAAUGAAUAAAUGAAGACAGAUUACUGGAAGGGGACCAAAGUAAUAUCUCAAUCUAUAGAUUUGUAUUUUAUGCAGAAGUUUUUAUAGUGGUUAAGAAUGGAAGUGCUACAUGUUUAUUAUGCUCUUGCUCUCGCCUCAGUUUAUAAUGAAGGUUUAUACGCUGAAAUGUAUUCUAUCGAUUUAGCUGCACUUAGUACUCAACACCUGACUAUGCUUUUCAGCUUAAUAGUUUGAUAUGCACAUGUGAAAACAUAAAUUUGAAGGCAGAUUUCAACCUAAUUGGAGACUCAAACACCGAAGAUUGCGACUGUGCUGAAAUAUCUUAAUUUUGCACUGAGAUAAAAUGGAACACUUUAGCCUAGACAUUAUGAACCACUGCAUUUGUGUGUUUCCUAUUACUGACAGAGAAGUUUUGAGAAGAUCAAACACAUGCUUGUGUAGUAAGUGCACAAUGAAGAGUGCCAACACACACUAAGGCCUUAAAUGCAGCUGAAUUCUACUGGGCAGGGCUGUUGGCUUUUUUUCUGAACAUCCUUUUUUUUUUUAUGUCUAUCAGUGUUUUUGUUAAUGUUCAGGGUAAAGUUGAAACGGGGUGGUGGGGUAGUUUAUUACUCACAGCACACACUGUAUUCUCAGGGCACAGCUUGUUGAGGGAGGAAGCAGCUGAAGGUUGUCACAAACCAAAGGCAGAUUUCAGGAGGAGCUGUAUUGGGGGGGGGGGUGUACACACUGUAACCUGUGUAACUCAAGUCGGAGUUAAAAAACCCCUCACAGGCUGUGUUCAAGGGGCUGCUUUUGGCUCACACUGCUGGGAAGUGAGAGGAAUGUGUUGUUACUCAAAAAUAACAGCUCACAUUUAAAGAUCUCUAUCGCACUUAAAGCAAAACAAAGUAAUAUCUGAAAAAGAGAAACUGCAUCUUCUCAAUUCUGUCUGUCUGCACCUCUGGAUUUGAAAUCAUGUUGUGAAAUGUUGGUAUUAUUGCAAUUAAAGAGGCUUUCUGAACUGCUA